GUGUUAUCAGGUGUUAUUUUCAUGAUCAACACUCUUAUCAAGUAUUUAAACUUGCAUAAAAAUUGAAUUUGAAAACGAUGAAGACGAAAAAAGAAUUCAUUUUGAGUUGAAAUAAUAGUUAAUUUCCACACAUUUCUGGUAUGGAUGAUCCAAGUAAUGAAAAUAUAAGUGUUACUGACAAUAAGGCAAUUCUUGCUACCGGUGGUUACGAUCACACUGUGAAGCUAUGGCAAGCACACAGCAGUGUUUGUUACUGGACUGGGCAACACGCCGACUCUCAAGUGAAUGCUCUGUGUGUCACUCCUGAUGGACAAAAGUUAGCUUCUGCCGGUUAUCAACAUAUUCGAAUGUAUGACUUGAACUCGACUAAUAGCAACCCUAUAAUGAAUUACGAAAACGUCAGCAAAAAUGUCACGAGUGUUGGAUUUCAAGAAGAUGGCAAAUGGAUGUUUACUACAGGCGAAGAUACAAAUGCUCGUAUAUGGGAUUUAAGAUCUAGAAACAUGCAUUGCCAUCGGAUUUUUCAAGCGAACGCUGCGAUAAAUUAUGCAGUUCUGCAUCCCAAUCAAGUUGAAUUGAUAAUGUGUGAUGAUAACGGUAUCAUUCAUGUAUGGAAUUUGAAAAAUGAUCGCAAUGAGCAAUUGAUUCCGGAACAGGAAGCUACUAUUCAGUGUGUCGCUGUUGAUCCUCAAGGAUUGUACUUGGCGGCGGUGAAUAAUAUGGGACACUGUCAUAUAUGGAGUUUAUCUCACGACAGUCAACUCGGCGGAGUUCAAUUAAAACCUAAACAUAAAAUUCUAGCUCAUACUCGUCAAGCUUUAAGAUGUAAAUUCAGCCCGGAUUCUUCAUUCCUAGUUACGACAUCUGCAGACCAAAGUGCGAUCGUUUGGAAAACACAAGAUUUUUCGUUGUAUCGAGAAAUGAAAAUACCAUCUGGGCAAAGAUGGGUAUGGGAUGCUGCAUUCACUAACGAUUCGCAAUAUUUAAUAACUGCUUCUUCGGAUGGUUUAGCUCGUCUUUGGAGUAUAGAAACCGGUCACGUUGAGCGUGAAUACUCUGGUCAUCAAAAAGCUGUUACCGCCUUGGCUUUUAUGGACAGUACCGCAUCGUAUUGAAAAUUGUUUAUAAUUUUUUUUUCUUUCUAAGUUAAGGACAUUCCAUUUUGUAAAUGGUUAAAUAAAAUAAUUAUGUAAAAAUUUU